GUUCACUACCACCACCUUCAAUUCUAUUCAUCGUCUGACACAUCUGUAUUCAUCAUGGUCAAAGUUGGCAUUAACGGAUUCGGUCGUAUUGGCCGUAUCGUCCUCCGAAAUGCUCUCCAGAUCCCCGAUAUCGAAGUCGUUGCUGUGAACGACCCUUUCAUUGACAUUGACUAUAUGGUCUACAUGUUCAAGUACGAUUCGGUCCAUGGACGAUUCAAGGGUACCGUCGAAGUCAAGGAAGGCAAGCUCUAUAUUGAGGGCAAGUCUAUCACUGUCUACGGCGAGCGCGACCCCUCUGCUAUCCCAUGGGGUUCCGUCGGUGCUGAAUACGUCGUCGAGUCCACUGGUGUCUUCACUACCAUCGACAAGGCCUCUGCUCACUUGAAGGGUGGUGCCAAGAAGGUCAUCAUCUCUGCGCCUUCUGCUGAUGCGCCCAUGUUCGUCGUUGGCGUCAACUUAGAUGCUUAUGACCCAAGCUAUAAAGUCAUUUCCAACGCCUCUUGCACAACGAACUGUCUUGCUCCUCUCGCCAAAGUCAUCCACGACAAAUUUGGCAUCGUUGAGGCUUUGAUGUCCACCAUCCACGCCACCACCGCCACCCAAAAGACCGUUGACGGUCCCUCCAACAAGGACUGGCGUGGAGGCCGUGGUGUUAACAACAACAUCAUUCCUUCCUCUACUGGUGCCGCAAAGGCUGUUGGAAAGGUUAUUCCUUCUUUGAAUGGAAAACUCACUGGUCUCUCCUUCCGUGUGCCGACCUCUGACGUCUCUGUUGUCGACCUCGUCGCCCGCAUCGAAAAGGAUGCCACCUACGAGGACAUCAAGGCCGCCAUCAAGGAGGCUGCCGCUGGUCCUCUCAAGGGUAUCAUCGAGUACACUGAAGAUGCUGUCGUCUCCACCGACUUUGUUGGCCACACCGCCUCGUCCAUCUUCGAUGCCAAAGCGGGCAUUCAACUCAACAAGAACUUUGUUAAGUUGGUCUCUUGGUACGACAACGAGUGGGGUUAUUCGCGUCGUGUGUGUGACCUCUUGGUGUUCGCUGCCCAGCAGGACAGGAAGGCUGGAUUGUAAUCUCAAGAGAUAGUUGCUUCCUAAUAGUUAGUUAUCAUAUAGACAAGACGGCGUUGGCAGAAGAAAAUUCAAACAAACUCAUUUGUAUCAUUUGUACCAUUGAACCAUUGAACCAUUGAUG